AUGUUAGGAGCCCUACUUCAAUAUUUGAGAAAUUAUGUCUUCCCCAGUAGAUGUCAAGGAAUCGCCGGAGAUCCAUCGGUCGGAGAUGUUUCAAAUUCAAUAUUGUCCCACUUCGCUAGGCAGUUUGUUUUGGCUCUAAACCGAAAUAUGUCGAAAUACCUGACCGUCGGCGAUUAUUCGAAUGCAUCACCAGAAAAGGAGGUUGGGGAAAGCGAUAAGUUUUAUGGUUCUGGAUUUGAGUGCGAUAGGAACAUUUUCGAAGGCAGACGUCUAAGGUUGAGUUUACCGAGUGUGAUUGCAAGGCGUGCGAGAGAAUUAGUAAUUGAAUGGAGCGAAGAGGAGAUAGAAGAUAAUGGCUACACUCCAAUGCAUGUGGCUGCCAGCAAUGGAGAUCUAGCGACCCUGAGAACCCUAAUAGAGACUAAUAAAAACGAAUGUCUUCGACGGGACAAGCAUGGCGGAACACCUCUCCACGCGGCGGCGAGGAGAGGCAUGGUCGAGGCCAUGAAGGUAAUUCUCGAAGCAUGCCCUGACGCAGUGAAAGUGCUGACUGUAGCGAGGAACAACUGUCUUCACACCGCGGUUUUGUAUAAUCAGGUUGGAGCAGUCGGAUUCUUGGUGGAAUGGCUUAAAAGAAAUAGAGACUACGCCCAUCUCAUUAACGGGAAGGAUUCCGAUGGCAAGACGCCUCUGCAUCUGGCAGUUUCAGCAAAACAAAUCAAGAUUUUAGAAGUUUUACUCACUUGCAAAGUGGUAGAUGUGAAUGCAAUGAGUUCCGGUGGUUUCACCGCUCUGGACAUCCUCGAUGUCCUACCACGUGAUCGGAUAUUUGAUGUGGAAAUUGGCAGGAUCCUUGGUCAAGCUGGAGCUUUGAGAGCCAGGGGUCUUGCCAAUCGUGAUACCAACCAGCAUGCUGCUCUCCGGUACAAAAGAAAAAUUUUCAUUGCUAGACAUGUGGUGGUGUUGUUGAUGGCCACCCUUGUAUUAAUAACAGGCUACCAAGCUGCAUUUCCCAUCCUCAAUGGCACUUUGAAAGAGGACUACUUCCGCAACCCCACUUUAGAUGGCACCCUCCAGCGGAAUAAACAGGAGUCGUUCAUAAUGUUCAAUUCCAUAUGGUUCGUUGGGUCAUUGGCUGUGGUUAUCUUCCUCCUCCGUAAAUUCCCAUUCAAACCAUGGUCGCAGAUCUCGGUAUCAAUGCUGUUUGGAUCCUACAUGUGCUGCAUAUUUUCGAUGUCGCCCGGUGAAGCCUGGAAUCUGCUCCUCCUAGCAAUUCCCCUUUUAUUGUUGGCAGCCGCAGGAAAGCUCUUUGGCCUUGGACGAAAAAGUGCUCGUAUAUGAUCCUGAUAUCAACUUGUAUGGGUAGUUGCACCAUAUGACGUUCUCUUUGCGCUCACGUUAGUUGCGGAGAGCCUCAGUUUGGCUUCAGUAUUCUUCUGUCCUUCUCCUUAAUUCUAGGUUUGUAUUGUACUGUUCUGUCCUCCUUACUACCAAGUAUGUGUUUUCAGUUAUGAAUUCUAUUACCCGCAUGGUCUAUAAAAUUUCUGUAUUAUUGCUAUCACUUCUCGAGGUCCCCUGAUCAAGUCUCUCAUUAUCUAUGUAACCCCCAGUGAAAUGCAGUUCUCUCAUCUUCCAUAGCAAAAUGGUUAUUACCAUCAGAAACGAACAUUCUGUGCAUACUCCAAAGAUAAAUUCCUUCCAAAGUAAUGUUGUUUUCAACUCUCAGUCAGCGAAUGACAAAUGAAAUUAAUACAGAAUCCCGAGAAGUUUUGAAUGGGAAUGAAUUCUCAAAGAUCCCUUAUGUUACAAGGGGAAAGGAUAUGAAACACCACCAUUCCCCACCUCAAGGUUUUACAAUAUUGAGCAGA